AUGCCGCCCCGGGCAUCUCUGACCAGCUCUUUCUCUGUCACCGACGCCAACAAUGAAGUUGUCUGUCCUCUGAAGAAUAACGAUGGGUCCAAUUGUCGGAAAAGAUGUCUGGGUGAGAAGCGUUAUCGCUCCAUGCAGGAGCACAUCCGUCGGGCCCAUCCGAACCACUACAUUCCGAAGCUCCCGGCCACCGAGGAGAGCUUUAUCUUAAUGGUCACCACCCCUCCCGAUCAACGAGCUCACCUGUCGCCUCCGAAUUCCACACCCUCUCGACGACGCAAUGACGUGGCAGACCGAGACAUCUAUGUGGCGGACGCUGGCUCCCCCGCGACCCCGCGCGGUAUUGACGAAACCCACCCCGCCGCUGCCACUGCGGCCGUGGCCCUUGCGCAGCUUCACCAUAACCGUUUAGCGUCUGACUGGGAGACAGAUAUGGAAACUCAUUCGGACAACGAUAUCGGUCCAAACCGCAUGAGAACCUCAAUCGAACUCCCCUCGCUUAGGGAUCACUUGAAACAGGAAUCGCUGCCUCCGUUUGCGCCCACUCGCCCGAGAGAACUCCUUCCGUCGAUCCUUAACCAUUCCCCGCCUGGUCGCUCUUCAACACUGCCUCCUAUUCAACGAAGGGACAAGCUGCCACGUUCUCGCAAAUCGUCAAUCACCGGUGCCAGGAAGCCCAAACAUGAACGGACCAAAUCGAAGGAAUACCCCCGGCGUCCUAGCUUGGGAGAUCGGAAAGCGCUAUCGGCUGAGCCACAGACUGCAGCCUGGGCGCAGGGCAAACGCUGGGAGGAUUUGAUCGAAGCGGCCACCUCCGCUACCGAGGCGGAUGAUGAACGUACAUCGGAGAUUGGUCGAUCCCCUACCAUUCCCCCGUUGAUUUCUCACAUCACAUCCGGUCAUCUGAACUCGAAACAUCGCUCAUCGCUGCCGCCUGCGUUCCAAGGACUACCACCCCCAACAUCAUCGCACCGGCCGUUCCCACCCCAUUCAUACGCGGCAUCUCCGUUACAUAAGUCGCUGACACCACCGCCCUACGACACCACUCGCAGCCGGGACAGCGAUCUGGAGCCCUUCCCUUCCAUUGAAUCGUCGCUCGAUUCAGCGUCAACCACAUCCGGUAGAAACUUUGGGUUUUCUCAUCUGCCCCCCUCGGUGAACUCGGAUUCCAGCCCGGUGUUGAACAUGUUCCCAGCGUCGGCAUCGCAACGCCAGCAUCAUCGCUUUUCGAACCCGACGCCGGCAUCAUUCCGAAACAAAGAGAUCCAGAUCUAUUGUGCCAGCUGCAAGCGGUCCUGGCCGCUGAAUGAGUGCUUCGCUUGCACCGAGUGCAUCUGCGGAGUGUGCCGCGAAUGUGUGGUGACCUUCAUCAGCAGCCCUCCAACGUCAUUCAGAAAUGUGACGUCGAGUCCAGGCAGUGCCAUGUCCCACGGUCCUACGAGCUAUCCAGGCCCCCGAGGAUGUCCACGAUGUCGAACCGUUGGGGGUAAAUGGAAAUCGUUCCAGCUAGAUUUCAAAGCUUGA